UCCCUUAGAAUCGACUACUCUUUUACGUUGUGAAUCACGUUCGCUAUGCUAAGUGCAGUUGGCCAUCACAGUGAAAAACAUGAAUAGUUUAACGAGGCUAUUUUAUAUCUGUCUUUUCACAGUUUUUGUAACAGUCGUAACUGCCCAGUAUGAAGAUUACCGUUGCAAGUGUGUCUGUCCAUCACAGACUGUUGUCAAUGCCACAGAAACUGGACGCAAGGUUUAUAUAAAGAAGGUCAACCCUAACCAGUGCAAAUGUGAAGAUGUUGUCUGGCCUCUGCCUGAGAAGGCCACAGAAUUCUGUCCUCGCUGUGAGUGCAAGUAUCAGAGUAGAAAUGUCACUCUGAUAAAGAUUAUGGUGACCAUUAUAAUAUGUGUGGUGUCAUUGCUGUUUGUCUACAUGGUGUUCCUGCUCUGUCUGGAUCCUUUGCUUGUCAAGAAACCAGGUCGCUACCAAGAGCAGACAAAUGAGGAGGUGAAUUUGGUUACUUUCACGGCUGGAAAAACAUGGACCUUGUUCGAAGAUGAGCAGACAUUACCUCCACCAACCAGCAGUGUAACACCAGAGCUUGUUGCACCACCACCUCCACCACCACCGCCACUAUCCUCACAGCUUGGUAGACAGCGCUCCAUUCUCAACAGAGUCAGCGACGAGCAGAAGAAGUGGAAAGGCACUGUACAGGAGCAGAGACGUAAUAUCUAUGACCGUCAUUCCAUGUUGAAUUGAAACUACUACCCUGUCUCUCUCUCUUUCUCCUCCCUAUAAACAUCUCACUCUGCUGUCCAUUGGUCAGCUGUAUGGUGGAGGAGAUAGAGGCUACUUGGGGUUUGUGGUUGUGUGCAUGUGUUAGAUUGACCUGUUGGCCGUGUUAAUGAGGUGUGUGUAUUUAGUGAAGAGCUUGUUGUGCUGUCCCUUUCAUCUCUCUCCCUCUAUCUUUCUCACUGCUGACACUCAGCUGUCUACUCUUCUCUUUUGUUUUCAUGAAUCAGUGUUACCUGUCUAGUUGCAUCUAACCAACUCCUUCCCCCAUCCUCUGUCACCUCAUCAAUCUCAUAUAAUACUACGAUGGUAAAUAUCACAUUUAUUAUAUACACACAUAUCUAUAACUUAUGCAGUCGGAAGGGCGGGUAAAUAACAAGCAUUACUGUAUAUACAAAGAUAUAUAAUUUUAUGUCCAUUUUUAUGCAAAUGAAGUAUGUUAUGUUUCAUUAUUUAACUUAUUAAUUAAUAUAUUUUAUGUUACACCAAAAUGACAGCUUUAAUCUAACAAUUUACCAAAACUGAGAUCUUUGUACCUCUCUCUACAAUUAUAUAUCUGAAAUGUUUCAGUAUAUUUUUUAGGUAUUGAUGUAUAAUAUUAAGAUAUAGGCGAUGAAUAAUAACAAUAUUUACUAACUUUUCCCCUUCUUUCAUUGCGACAAAUCCCCGACAUUAAUAUUAUUGUAUAAAAGUCUUGUAAUCCCGUGUUUGGAUUGAAUAACAGAUGAAUGUAAAACUGAGAAGGUGGAUGCAUGUGCGAACUUAUACCUGUCACUGAAUUAUCAAUUUGUAAAUAAUAGAAAUAACUAAGGAGAGUGAAUGAGAAGUGGAGGCUUUAAAUAUUUCCUCAUAACUGAGGAUUGGAUUUAUUAUUUUAGUUUUAACUGUUUGUACAGAAGCUUCCAUUAGUUAAGAACAGUGUGUAGCUGGGUGCCUGGUUCUCUUCCUUGUUUUAUAACAUAAUUAUAUGUGUGUAUGCGUCCAAAGUUUUGCCAGUGUUUGUGAAACAUGAAACAGUUAUUGUCAAAGAAAAAUUCCAAAUGUUAUAAUUAAUUAUUAUGAAACAAAUUCCUCAAAGGAACAAUAUUUUAUCUGAAGAUGAGAUUGUGUUAAUAUGUUAAAAUUAUUAUUAUAUAUAUAUAUAUUGAAUAAAAACUGAAAUUCCAUUA